AUGAUAUUAACACCUCAGGAAAGAGAAAUUGCCUCCAUCGACAAGUUUCCGACGGUCCAGCUGUCGCUCCUAGCAAUAUGUCGCGUCGCGGAGCCCAUCGCCUUGACCUCCAUCUUCCCAUAUUCGUGGGUGAUGGUCAAGGACAUGAACGUUGCGGAUGGCGCUGAUGCCUCGUUCUAUGCUGGGAUCCUCGUCUCUGCCUUUUCGCUUGCUGAAGCACUCACCGGGAUGUUUUGGGGAAGCUUGUCUGACCGAGUCGGUCGCAAGCCUGUUCUCCUGUCUGGUUGCUUUGGUACCAUUCUAUCCCUGCUGGUCGUUGGGUUGGCUUCCAACUUCUGGGUUGCACUUGCCGGCCGCGCUUUGGGGGGUUUCUUGAACGGAAACAUUGGUGUCAUUCAAACUAUGGUUGGAGAAUUGGUCAAGAAGCCGGAACAUGAACGUGACGAUAUAGCCCGUGCUUAUGCUAUCAUGCCAUUUGUCUGGUCAAUCGGUACGAUUAUCGGGCCAGCGAUUGGAGGAUUACUCGCAAAGCCCACCGAAGGCUUUCCCUCCGUAUUCUCCCCCACUGGUCUUUUCGGCAGGUUCCCUUACCUUCUACCGAACCUGGUUUGUUCCAUCUUACUCCUAUUUAGCAUUAUCAUCAGUUGUUUCUUCCUUCAAGAAACCCAUCCUGAUAUGCAGCCGUGGAGUGUAACCGAGGAACACCACAACACCAACACAUCACCGGAACAUCCCCUUCUAGCAACUGCAGGUGCUACCGCCAACGCAGGCGCAGACUUGCGAGCCGAAUCCUACGGCACCUUCAAUCAGGUCCACCUCCAGGAAGACAUCAACUGGACGGUGCAUACCGAUGGGUCAAAAUCGGAAUCGGUUGCGCCGAAACCAGCUCUGUUUACCACGAGGGUUACCAUGCUCAUCGUUGCGUUAGCAAUCUUCACAUACCAUUCCAUGACCUUCGAUCAUCUUUUCCCCAUCUUCCUCCAGGACAAACAUGUGAAGGAUAACUCCAGUUUCGCUGGCGGAGUCGGUCUGUCGACCCGAACCGUCGGCCUGAUCAUGUCGAGUGACGGCAUCAUCGCCCUCGUCAUUCAAGCUGUCAUCUUCCCCGUCCUAGCAGAAUACUUAGGAAUUUGGAAGCUAUUUGUAGCCGUGACGGCCUUGCAACCCCUGACCUACCUCAUGGUGCCGUUCCUCAUCUUGCUUCCCAAUUCCUGCUUGUUUCUGGGGAUCUACCUCUGCCUGGGCACCCGCAACAUCCUUUCCAUCAUCGAGUACCCCGUCCUAUUGAUUUUGAUCAAGCAAGCGAGCCCCUCCGACUCGGUCCUGGGUAAGAUCAACGGCCUUUCCGCAUCUGCCGGGGCUGCGUCCCGCACCCUUGCUCCUCCCGUCGCCGGGUAUCUGUACAGCCUUGGUGCAGAGAUGGGGCUCACCGCGCUUGCCUGGUGGGGGAGCGCAUUUAUCGCCGUUCUCGGAGCCGCUCAGCUGUGGUUUCUGCAUGAAAAGAGACAUGCUUCCGUCACGGUGCAGCCGGCUGUGCGCUAUCACUCUAUUGGGGGUGAAUCUCAGGCACUCCCCAAAGAGACUGUUCAUAUCCUUGUAACGGACGCUGAUACCGAUGCCAAUCACGGUUUUGCCCAAAAUGGGGACAGGAUGGUGCAUUCAUACUAG